AUGGAGGUAUUGGAAAAUGGGGAGCAGAACCUGUUGCACUGGGAUCGAAAGCUGAGUGAGCUGUCAGAACUGGUGGACUCCGAUUCCCUGCUAAACAAUACGCACUUCACGGAGUUCCUGGAUGAGUUUUCGCAGGAUGUCCUAGGCCAGCUCUUGAAUGACCCCUUCAUGUCUGAGAAAAAUGAGAUGAUGGAAGUGGAGCUGUCCCCAGCAUCCCCAGCUCCCCUCAUCCAGGCAGAACACAGCUAUUCCCUGUGCGGCGACUCUCGCCCCCAGUCCCCACUGACCCACGUUUCGACUGACGACAACUUCAAUGAAGCUGACCUGGAGAAUGAGGAAUGGUGUCUGGGUGCAGAAUUGACUUCAGCAACAAUAAAAACUGAACCUGUGCUGUGUGAGGCGCCAGGCCUUACCCCCUCUGUCAGUCUCACCAUCACACCUGUACCCCUGGAAGGCGAAGAACCCCAGUUGCAAUCUGAUGCCAUGAUGAAACCGUUGAGCCAGAAGGUUCUUCCAGAGAUUAAAUUGGAGCCACAUGAAGUAGAUCAGUUCCUGAACCUGUCUUCUAAGGAAGCAAUGGAUCCACUGCACCUGCCUCCAACCCCACCUAGCAGUCAUGGCAGUGACUCUGAGGGAGGGCAAAGCCCAACCAGGUCCCUCCCGCCUUCAAGCCCUGUCCAACUACAAGCCACAGCUAAAGUGACAUCACGCAUGACUUCAGCACUCUCCAAUUCGCCUCUCCUGACAGCACCACAUAAAUUGCAGGGGACUGGUCCACUGAUCUUGACGGAGGAAGAGAAGAGGACGCUGAUAGCUGAGGGAUACCCUAUUCCUACAAAACUGCCCCUGACAAAGGCAGAGGAAAAAGCACUGAAGAAAAUCCGCAGGAAAAUAAAGAACAAGAUCUCUGCCCAGGAAAGUAGGAGAAAGAAGAAAGAAUACAUGGACAGCCUGGAAAAAAAGGUUGAGUCCUGUUCAAAUGAAAAUAGUGAGCUACGUAAGAAAGUGGAAGUCCUGGAGAACACAAACAGAACUCUUCUGCAGCAGUUACAGAGACUCCAAGCCAUGGUUGCUGGCAAAGUGUCCCGUUCCUGUAAAGCAGCCAGCACGCAGACAGGGACCUGUCUCAUGGUGGUGGUGCUGUGCUUCGCAGGCAUUUUUGGCAGCUUCUCUCAGAGUUACGGGCCCUAUCCUUCUGCCACAAAGAUGGUGCUGCCCAGCCAGCAUUCCACACCAGAGUCAUACACGGCCUCCAUUGUACGGUCAAGAAGUCUGCUAAUUUACGAAGAGCCCCGCCAACUGGAGGAGCAGUACAAUUCAAUCUCCUUUGCAGAUCGCAGUGAUGUCUGGGAUAGGCGCGUGGACGCCUCCAAACACACAGCACUAUCUCUGGAAUAUGUGCCGGGGGCACGGCAGGACAAAGUCACACACUUCACAAUAGCCAAUGAGACAAGGCUAGAGAAAUCAGUGGUGCUGGGGCUGCAGCCGCACAGGUAUAUUCCAGUCCCCCUGAGUGUUCCAGAGGACAAAUUAUCUGGAGUCCUCUCCUCUAAAAUGAAAUACUUCCCUGUGGAGGGUCAGAAAUGA